AUGGCGAUCGCGGACGCCAUCUUCGAAGAGAUCGCGAGCGGUGGCACGGAGACGCGCGCGCCGGAGUUGACGGACCGCCAUCUGGAGAUGCUCGCGUUCGUCUUCAAAGAGCAGCACCUCGGCAACGCGCUCGAGCUCGUGCAGGCGGGGAAGGUGAAACGCCUCGUCGCGGAGCGUUCGGGGCGCGCGUGUUACCAAGUCAAAGGUAAGUCGUCCUCGCGGAAGGGGAGCGAGGAGGCGUACUUGUGUUUUCCCGAGCACUACUGCAGCUGUCGCGCGUUCCAAUGGGACGUUCUGACGCGCGGCGAACAGCUCAUCUGUAAGCACCAGCUCGCCGCGCGCAUCGCGGACGCGACGGGCGCGCACGUCGUCAGCGUGGUGUCGGACAUUUUGCUCGCGCAGCUGCUGGAGUCGUACGCGCGCGGGGACGUCGGCGACGGGGGGGGGAGAGGCGGAGGGCCGCGAGGAAACCGGCGAUGGGGCGGCGGCGGAGGAGGAGGAGGAGGCGGAGGAGGUGGAGGAGGAGGACGGCAGCCGCCGCCGACGUUUCGAUGA